AUGGCUGCUCAGGAACAGCCCGAUGAGCUCCAGGGUAUGCCCGCAAAGAUGGUCUGGCACAAGUUGAACCCAGCCUCCGGAGAAGUGACUGUACCGCAAGCUUCCUACUACCCGCUUGGGGGACAAAGAAGAGCGGGAAGAGGUCUGUCCGAUUCCUCGCGUAUGGCCCUAGCUCUGACAGAUGCUUGCUGCGAGUUGGGUUACGGCAAGGUAUUCCCAACUCCCUUGAUCUGCGGUGCGUCCUCGGUACUAAGUUCAGUCGAUGAACAAUCACGCUGGACGAAUACAAAGCCGUUCGAUCGUUUGAAAAACUUGACUGCUCGAUACGGUGCGAUCCCGAAGACGAUGAGCGUCCUACCCAUUGACAUCGAGCUUUUUGGUGCCGCUGAAGCUCCAAGACUGAAUGGUCUCAAGACAGGUACGGUGACAGUUAUGAUGUUGCCUGUGCCUUACGUGGGCCUUACGAAGGAGAUGAGAAAGGCCUGCGAGCCUUUGGAUGAGGACACAUUGGAAUAUCGAGCGUCGGAAGGCUGGCAUGAUUUUCAACCAUGGCGCAGUAGCAAUGGACUUGUCGGAAUUGCUAUGGAGCUCAAGAAAUUCUAUGUCCGCGGAGAUAUAGAUUUCCUAUUUUACGGCUCUCUUCAGAAGAGACUUUGUCGGGCUGGGAGGCAGGCUGCUCAAGGAGGACAAGCGUAUUUUCGCCCACCUAAGGCCGAGGAAGACGGGGAGUAA